UUUAAUGAAUCAGUAAGAUACAAACUACCGAUCAGAAUGGACUUCACCGGUAAAGUAGUGCUCAUCACCGGAGCAAGCUCUGGCAUCGGCGCGUCCUGUGCGCUACAUUUCGCGAACUUAUCUGCCGAGUUAGCGUUAGUGGGUCGAAAUGUAGAGAACCUUAAAAGUGUCGCGGACCAGUGCGAGCAAGCGAGCGGAAUCAAACCACUAAUUAUCAUCGCGGAUAUAAGCGUAGAAGAAAACAUCGCACGCAUCAUCAAUGAAACUAUAAACAAAUACGGAAGACUGGAUGUUUUAGUGAACAACGCGGGAAUCACGAGAAUGGCUGGAGUCAUGGAUGAUAUCACGAAUUUUGAUCUUUUAACCGCUACGAAUAUUCGAGGUCCGUAUCUUUUAAGUCAGCAAGCCAUACCACACCUGAUUGAAACUAAAGGAAACAUCGUUAAUGUAUCUAGUAUAGUUUCCACCGUCCCGAUACCAACUAUGACGCCGUAUUGCAUGACGAAAGCCGCACUUGACAUGUUUAUGAAAUGUGCUGCGUUAGAACUUGCAUGUAAAGGAGUGAGAGUGAACUCCGUGAACCCAGGCCCCGUUGAGACGGAGUUGUUUAAGCGGGCCGGGUUUGAUGAAGAAAGCAAUAAGGGUCUAUACUCAGGGAUGGCUGCUUCAAUGCCUUUGAAGAAAUGUGCUUUCAGUGAGGAUGUAGCGAAAAUGGUUGUUUUCCUAGCCAGCGAUCAUGCCAGUUGCAUCACCGGCAGCCGCCACGAAGUUGACUGUGGCUUACAUCUUGGAGCUCCUCCAUCAUUUGAUGGUAAAUAAAAAAACGGCUAAGUGCGAGUCGGACGCGCACACUGAGGGUUCCGUGCUUUGGCACCACGUAUCCCACGUGUAAUUAUUUCAAUGCUUAAAUCAUCUCCAACUGCAAAUAUAAGUAUAUAAUUGCAACUUUUAAUGAGAUAUGAAUACGAAGUUAUGGUUUUCGGAAUUUUCACUUUAUUAAUGCCGUAAGACGUUGGGCUAUAAAAGGGUCUUAACAGACAGACGGACGACGAAGUGAUCCUAUAAGAGUUCCUUUUUUCUUUUUGAGUACUUACGGAACCCUUAAAAUGCAAGCAGGAGUUUUUAUUUGUUGUAAAAGAUAUUUGUAGUUAUAUAUAAUAAUAAUUGCAUAAAGUGCCCUUAUACGCAUUAUACCUACCUAAAUAAAAUCUACCUGCUUGUAAACUACGUGGAAAAAUUUAGUAUUUAUUGCAACUUUCUAUUAAAUAUAAGCCAGUUAAAUAAAACUCAUUAGUAAUAGCCUCAAUUAACAAUAAAAAAUCUAAACUAUA